AUCAAUGGUGUCAAUGGGAGGAAUAGUGCCCCUAUCACUGGUGUCAAUGGAAGGAAUAGUGCUCCUACUUUUGGUGUCAGUGGGAGGAAUAGUGCUCCACCAUUGGUGUCAGUGGGAGGAAUAGUGCCUCUAUCGUUGGUGUCAGUGGGGAGAGGAAUAGUGUCCCUAUCACUGGUGUUAAUGGGAGGAAUAGUGCCCCUAUCAUUGGUGUCAGUGCGAGGAAAAGUGCCCCUAUCGUUGAUGUCAGUGGAAGGAAUAGUGCCCCUAUUGUUGGUAUCAGUGGGAGGAAUAGUGCUCCACCAUUGGUGUCAGUGGGAGGAUAUGCCCUAUUGUUGGUUAUCAGUGGGAGGAAUAGUGCCUUAUCAUUGGUAUCAAUGAGAGGAAUAGUGUCCCUAUUGUUGGUGUCAGUGGGAGGAAUGG